CGUGAAAAUUCAGCGACUAAUAAAUAAUUAAUUGCGAUUACUGAGUGGAGUGGUAGACCGGACCAAGAUGGCGGCCCCACGGCUCGUUAGCGCCAAUAGAUAGGAGCGGUCGAUGCGGCGUCUAUUCUUUAUUAUGUCUAUGGACAGAAACGCCGCCUCCUGCAAGACCUCGGUGCUGAUGGGAAGAAAUCAGGGGGCUGUAAAACUUUGUUAGCUUAGCCUGUGAUUUAGCCCUUUCGCCGCUAGUUGUCUUAAGUUUUUCAGCUUCGACUUUUACUCUGCCGAGAGAAGAGGAAUGUUGGGUGUUGCGGGGAUGCCGGGCAGCAUUGCUAAUGCUCUGGCCAAUGCAGCUUGCGAGCGAUGCAAAAGCGGCUUUGUUCCAACUGAGAAGAUUGUCAAUAGUAAUGGAGAGCUGUACCAUGAGCAGUGCUUUGUGUGUGCCCAGUGCUUCCAGCAAUUUCCAGAGGGACUCUUUUAUGAGUAUGAAGGAAGGAAAUAUUGUGAACAUGAUUUCCAGAUGCUCUUUGCUCCUUGCUGUCACCAGUGUGGGGAAUUCAUCAUUGGCCGAGUCAUUAAGGCAAUGAACAAUAGUUGGCACCCAGAGUGUUUCUGCUGUGACAUUUGCCAGGCUGUGCUUGCAGACGUGGGAUUUGUCAAAAAUGCUGGGAGGCACCUUUGUCGUCCCUGUCAUAACCGUGAGAAAGCUCGCGGACUGGGCAAGUACAUCUGCCAGAAGUGUCAUGCCAUCAUUGAGGAGCAGCCGCUGAUCUUUAAGAACGACCCCUAUCAUCCAGACCACUUCAACUGCAGCAACUGUGGAAAGGAAUUGACAGUGGAUGCAAGGGAGCUGAAGGGAGAACUUUAUUGUUUACCAUGCCAUGAUAAGAUGGGUGUUCCAAUCUGUGGAGCCUGCAGGAGACCAAUAGAAGGUCGCGUUGUCAAUGCGAUGGGCAAGCAGUGGCAUGUGGAGCAUUUUGUCUGUGCCAAGUGUGAGAAACCUUUCCUUGGUCAUCGUCACUAUGAAAGAAAGGGCCUGGCUUACUGUGAGACACAUUACAACCAGCUAUUCGGAGAUGUUUGCUAUCACUGCAACCGUGUGAUUGAAGGGGAUGUUGUCUCUGCUCUAAACAAGGCCUGGUGUGUCAGUUGCUUCUCAUGCUCCACAUGCAACACGAAACUGACUCUCAAGAACAAGUUUGUGGAGUUUGACAUGAAGCCUGUUUGUAAAAAGUGUUAUGAAAAGUUUCCUCUGGAGCUGAAGAAAAGGUUGAAGAAGCUGGCAGAGGCUUUGGGACGCAAGUGAGCAGCUUUAAUUACACA